CUCAGAUCGAGAGGCAGAUUCCUGACUAAUCCCAGAGGGCUGGCCCAGCCUCUGCUCCCGGGGCUGCUAGGAAGCGAUGACCACUCUUGUUAGCCCAAGUUGAAGAGAGUCCAGCUUUGCCUGGGAGCGGGGAGAGGCUGUGAUAUUUACAAGACAGACAAGAGAGAAAUAUGAACUGAAGAGGAAACAUGUAUGGAAAUUAUUCUCACUUCAUGAAGUUUCCCACCGGCUUUGGCGGCUCCCCUGGCCACACCAGCUCCACGUCCAUGAGUCCGUCGGCAGUCUUGUCCACAGGGAAGCCAAUGGACAGCCACCUCAGCUACACUGACACCCCUGUGAGUGCUCCACGGACUCUGAGUGCGGUGGGGGCCCCUCUCAAUGCUCUGGGUUCUCCAUACCGAGUCAUCACUUCUGCCAUGGGCCCCGCCUCAGGAGCGCUGGCAGCCCCUCCAGGAAUCAAUUUGGUUGCCCCGCCCAGCUCUCAGCUAAAUGUGGUGAACAGUGUCAGCAGUUCAGAGGACAUCAAGCCUUUACCAGGGCUUCCGGGCAUUGGAAACAUGAACUACCCGUCCACCAGCCCUGGGCCUCUGGUUAAACACAUCUGUGCCAUCUGUGGGGACAGAUCCUCAGGAAAGCACUACGGGGUGUACAGUUGUGAAGGCUGCAAAGGGUUCUUCAAGAGAACCAUAAGGAAAGACCUGAUCUACACGUGUCGGGAUAAUAAAGACUGCCUCAUUGACAAGCGCCAGCGCAAUCGCUGCCAAUACUGUCGCUAUCAGAAGUGCCUUGUCAUGGGCAUGAAAAGGGAAGCUGUGCAAGAAGAAAGGCAGAGGAGCCGGGAGCGGGCUGAGAGUGAGGCAGAAUCUGCCAGCAGUGGCCAUGAAGACAUGCCUGUGGAGAGGAUUCUAGAAGCUGAACUUGCUGUUGAACCAAAGACAGAAUCCUAUGCUGACAUGAAUAUGGAGAACUCAACGAAUGACCCUGUCACCAACAUAUGCCAUGCUGCCGAUAAGCAGCUUUUCACCCUCGUUGAAUGGGCCAAGCGCAUUCCCCACUUCUCGGACCUCACCUUGGAGGACCAGGUCAUUCUGCUCCGGGCAGGAUGGAAUGAGCUGUUGAUUGCCUCCUUCUCCCAUCGCUCGGUUUCCGUGCAGGAUGGCAUCCUUCUAGCCACAGGUUUACACGUCCACCGGAGCAGUGCUCAUAGUGCUGGAGUCGGCUCCAUCUUUGACAGAGUUCUGACGGAGCUGGUUUCCAAGAUGAAAGAUAUGCAGAUGGAUAAGUCGGAGCUGGGGUGCCUGCGAGCCAUCGUGCUAUUUAACCCAGAUGCCAAGGGUCUGUCCAACCCAUCUGAGGUAGAGACUCUGCGAGAGAAAGUUUAUGCCACCCUCGAGGCCUACACCAAGCAGAAGUAUCCGGAACAGCCAGGCAGGUUUGCAAAGCUGCUGCUUCGCCUCCCAGCCCUGCGCUCCAUCGGCUUGAAAUGCCUGGAGCACCUCUUCUUCUUCAAGCUCAUAGGGGACACGCCCAUUGAUACCUUCCUCAUGGAGAUGUUGGAAACCCCGCUGCAGGUCACCUGAGCCUCACCAGCCACAGCCUCCUGACUAGGAUUAUCCCUCGGCAGGCGCGUGUGGACCCCCUCCCUGCACACUUCCCCUUGUACACUUCCCUCCAGCUCCCCUGCUGACCCCCUUCCGGUUCCCAAAAUGUGAUGCUUAUAAUAAAGGAAAUCUUUCUACACGUGAGACUUUUAUAGGUGGAGUUUUGUACAGAUGUUAACCGUAACCCUGCUUUGCUAUAAAAGGGGCUGGGGGUCUUUCUGGAAGUUCUUGGAAAACUAACCCACGUCUGUACAUAGAAUUGGUUUAAAUUAUUUUUUCACUUGCCAUGGAAAGCAAACAAACAAAUAAUAAAAUAAUAUAUAUGACGUUGGCA